GAGGCUGAGGGGCGGAGCGGGGAGGCGGCCUCGGGGCAAAGGAGAGCAGGGGGCCGCCGCGGCUCCGGAAGAGGGACGAUCGAGCUGGGACUCAGGGCUCCAGGAGGGGAGGCUCCGUUAAGGACCGCUGGAAGAGGAAGAUGCCGAGUACGGACCUUCUGAUGUUGAAGGCUUUUGAGCCCUACCUUGAGAUCUUGGAAGUGUAUUCCACGAAGGCCAAGAAUUACGUGAAUGGACACUGUACUAAGUAUGAGCCCUGGCAGCUGAUUGCCUGCAGUGUCGGGUGCACCCUGCUGAUAGUCUGGGCCUACGGCUUCGUCUUCCAGCCAGAGAGUUUGUGGUCAAGGUUUAAAAAGAGAUGUUUCAAGCUCAUCAGGAAGAUGCCUAUUAUUGGUCGCAAGAUCCAAGAUACCUUGAACAAGACCAAGGACGAUAUUAACAAGAAUAUGUCGUUCCUGAAAGUGGACAAAGAGUACGUGAAAGCCCUGCCCACUCAAGGUUUGAGCCCGUCUGCAGUUCUGGAGAAGCUCAAGGAGUACAGCUCUAUGGAUGUCUUCUGGCAGGAGGGGAAGGCGUCCGGAGCCGUGUACAGUGGGGAGGAGGAACUCACCGAGCUCCUCGUGAAGGCUUAUGGAAAUUUUGCAUGGAGUAAUCCAUUGCAUCCAGAUAUCUUCCCAGGACUGCGAAAGAUCGAGGCAGAGAUUGUGAGGAUAGCGUGUUCCCUGUUCAACGGGGGACCGGAUUCCUGUGGAUGUGUGACCUCUGGGGGGACAGAAAGCAUACUGAUGGCCUGCAAAGCUUAUCGGGACCUGGCCUUUGCGAACGGGAUCAGAACCCCAGAAAUUGUGGCCCCCCAGAGUGCCCAUGCUGCAUUUGACAAAGCAGCCCAUUAUUUUGGGAUGAAGAUUAUACGGGUUCCGCUGAACAAAAUGAUGGAGGUGGAUAUUCGGGCGAUGAAGAGAGCCAUCUCCAGGAACACGGCCAUGCUCGUCUGUUCGACCCCCCAGUUUCCUCAUGGCGUCCUAGAUCCUGUCCCUGAAGUGGCCAAGCUGGCUGUCAAAUACAAAAUACCUCUCCAUGUAGACGCAUGUCUGGGGGGCUUCCUCAUCGUCUUUAUGGAGAAAGCAGGUUACCCACUGGAGCAGCCGUUUGAUUUCCGAGUGAAUGGCGUGACCAGCAUUUCGGCCGAUACCCACAAGUAUGGCUAUGCCCCCAAAGGCUCUUCCGUGGUGCUGUACUGUGACAAGAAGUACAGAAGCCAUCAGUUCUUCGUUGCUACAGACUGGCAGGGUGGCAUCUAUGCUUCCCCGACCUUGGCGGGCUCGCGGCCCGGAGGCAUUAGCGCCGCCUCCUGGGCUGCCCUGAUGCACUUCGGUGAGAGCGGCUAUGUCGAGGCCACCAAACAGAUCAUCAAAACAUCUCGCUUCCUCAAGUCCGAACUGGAAAAUAUCAAAGGCAUCUUUGUUUUUGGGAAUCCUCAGUUGUCCGUCAUAGCCCUGGGCUCCCGAGACUUUGACAUCUACCGACUGUCUAACCUGAUGACUGCCAAGGGCUGGAACCUGAACCAGCUGCAGUUCCCACCCAGUAUUCACUUCUGCAUCACGUUGGUACACACUCGGAAGCGAGUCGCCAUACAGUUCCUAAAGGACAUCCGGGAGUCUGUCACUCAGAUCAUGAAGAACCCUAAAGCAAAGACCACAGGAAUGGGCGCGAUCUACGGCAUGGCCCAGGCGAUCGUCGACAGGAACCUGGUGGCGGAACUGACCUCGGUCUUCUUGGACAGCCUUUACAGCACUGACACCAUUACUCCAAGCAGCCAGAUGAAUGGUUCUCCGAAACCCCGCUGAGUCCGGACCCUUUGUGGCUCCGAGGGGCUCCUGGCCUUCAGAAGGUUCUCGGGGAGUGGAACAGGCCACGCACAGCUCGAGCAUCUGGUCUUGCUCCGUAGAUCACGACGAGACGGACCACGAGAAGGCUUGACCCUCAGGGUUCAUGCUCCUCCCCUUACGUUCUUGUGGUUUUUCACGUGGAGACCCUGAAUGAGUCCAUCACCUAGUUAUUUUGCCCUUGCUCUCAAAUGUUACCCUAGGAAUCGUUGUAGCCAUUUCCUUCUCUAACCUUCUAGCUUUCACCUUCCCUUCAUCAGUGCGCGGCAGCUCUGACCUGUCCUGAUCCCUGAGGCAGGGCUGGGGCAUGGUUUGUGUGACACGAGGGUGUCCCUGGUUCUCUCAGGCCGCCGGGCAAGCAGCUCGGAAGCGUCCCCAUCAUGCACGUCUCCCUGGGUGGGUGGUAGGCGUGCUCUAAGCACGCAGCCUUAGCGCUCCUCUUGGAGUGGGUGAGCCAUCCCUCUUAGAGUCACUUUGCGUGCGCCUCACCUUAUUUUUCCAGGACACAGCUCAACAAGCCACUGCCCCUGUUUUGCAGAUCCGCUCAGUCUGUCGAGGCAGGCUCUGGAGCAGCCCUCUUCCGUGCUCCCAGUCCCCACUCUGAUACUUGGUUGCUACUGUCUCUGGAGAUCUGUGUUUGAAGUCGUGCCUAUGUUGUUUGCUGUCGUUCCCCCGGAUUAGCAGGAAAGUGUGGUUUCCGGAGAACCGUGGACUCCCCGGCCCUCGUGCUGCCCAUCUGAAUUGGCAGCGUUCGGAGCACAGCCGAACCCUCUCCCUGCUUCUCUGAGUGUCAGGAUGAGCGCCCAGAGUCACAUCUGGUUCUCCCCUCCCCCACCGCUGUAAGCCGUCGUGUAGGAGAAUGUUUGCUUGACGCAACAGCUCAUAGCACCAUGGGUUGCCUUGACUUACCCUCGGUGGGUAUAAGGGGGGCGUGAGAGAGAGCCCCCAAACCAGGAAAAGUUUCCUCCCCAUUAGUGUGCGUGUCCUGCCUCCUUCCCUGUAUCCAGCUCCCAAAGGUACUAUGGCAGUUUAGCCUCAGGUACUGGAUGCUUCUCAGCCCUGGCUAGAAUGAGACAAACUUGUUAGAAGAGGAAAGCAUGGUGGCACCUGUCAGUCGUGGCCUAGGGCCUGGGAUUCCUUCCUAAGACUAGUUGCUCAGGGUGGUGCAGGGACAGGAGCAAACCCUGCGCCCACUACCUACUCCCUUGUCCCCUGCACGGGGCCCCAAUCUAGGCGGAGCCACUGUCUUCCUCUGAAGACGACAUUGUGUGCCUUUUUCCUCAGUGAGCAGUGGCGGGCUAUCCCUGACCCAGGCCCUAGGGCAGAUGCAUCAGUCUUCGAGAUUUUUAUUUGGGUAGGGGAGUACUUUCAGAUGAGUCAGGAGAAAAAUCUCCUCUGUUCCAUUACCCUUCUCAGGGACUCCUGAACCAUUCAGCCUCUUCAGGCUGGUAUCCUCCGGCCUCCCUCACGGGGAAUGCUGGUCAGGAGAGCCUAGACGACCAGACUUCCCCAGGCUCCUUAGCAUGUCUGUCCGACGUGGCCUUUAGCACUGUACUUCCUCCACAAUAACUGUGAUUAGCUGGCCCUGUCACUGCAGGCCUGGUGUGGUGUGUGUGUGCCUCCUGUCCAUUGUGGGUUCCAGGACAGGUUGGGGUGUGUGUGUGUGUGUAUGUGUUUUAGAGGGAGAGGCUAAGAUCCUUUGGACACGGGAGUCAUGUUCCCUCCAGUUGCUGAACUGGUGGGCACCGCCUGAGAGAGGAGCUCUGUGUGGACCGUCCCCGGUGCAUCCGUAGUGCUGGACGGGCCGCCCAGCAGCCACCACUGUGGUUUGUCAGCUGCUGAACCGGAGAAGCAUGUGCCCUGCGGCGUCUGCAGGACCUCCAUCUGCUGUGACAGCACUGCUGCCCCCGGGGCAGUGGCGUUUUUCAAAGGGACCUACUGUAGCCACUUUAUGAUCAUGAGCCUUAGUUUGACUCAACCCUUGCAGGCUUUCCAUUCUCUGCAUAUCUGUGCGCGUAGUAACACCUGGUCUGCAGAGGCGGGCAGACGUCUUCACGGGGUCAUGCUGCCAGCAGGUGUCCCACUGGCCUCUGCAGAAACUGCACCGUUUUAUCUCUACAUUAAGUAACUAGUCACGUGAAUAUACUGCCAUGUUACUUCUAAUAUCACCAGUUUUAUACUUGGAAAAUGGUACUUGCCUCUUCUAAGCCUUUUCUGUAGUUAACCUCCUUCUUCCCAUCUCAGUGCUCCCUUCCUGACCGCAGCAAUAAUAUCUUAAAAAGCAAUUAAGUAAUUAAAUGUCUCAAAUCUUAACUAA